GGCAUUGGUAACCAUUACAGCGGUUGCCGCCCGGGCGGAGGCACCGUCGUCCGUUGCUACCUGCGUCCGGCGCCCUCCGGAGGCCGAUUUGGCGGGCUCUGCGCCAGCAAAGGAAUUGAAGAUUUACCAGUCCUACGGGACCAAGGAGUUUCGCAAAUAACCCUCCAGCAAGUUUAAAAAUAAUUAGGCCCAACUCGGAGAAAGCGGAGUUGCUCUGGUUGCACAAAAAAGAUGUCUAGCUGCUCCAGUGAAGUCGAUGUGAUAAGAACACGAAUCUCUACUUAUGAUGAUGAUAACACUGUUCUUUAUGCAUAUGAACCAAAUACUGCAUAUUUCAAUAAUGUCAUCUAUGAUGCUAUUCAAAAACUGGAUAAGAAACUUGAUGUCGUGCACGCAAAGGUUAGAAAAAUCAAGCAUUUUCGUGUGAAGUCAUGGUUGCAAAGUCGUAAGCCACUCGGAUAUGCAUUUAAAGAUUAUAAUUACCUCCUUUCUAAAAAGAUCAGAUACCAGAAAAUGAGGAAGAAGCGGUGUCUCUGUCCAUCGCCUUACCCUAAAAGUUAUAGCCCCACUAUUCCAGUACAAAGGCCGGAAAAGGAUUCCCAGAGCAACCCUCUAGAAGCACCUUUUGGGUCCCCGGUGCCUCUGGAUCUGGAGCGAUCCCUUAGCCUGAGCCCGACGGUCCCCUCCACCUACCGCAGGCGUUCCUACGAGGAGUACUACUCGCCCCAGGACCCCACGCAGGGCUCCUCCAGUCCAGAGGCCCACAACACCCGCAGUCUUUUCUUAGACACCCAGUCCACUGCGGUCGAGCCUGCAACCGUGCUGACCCAGAGUGAACGCAGGCCAGCACAUAGCCCUGACAUGAUGACCUACCCAGCUUUACUGGAAAACAGUAGAUUCAGCCGUGCUGGCUCACCUCUCUAUGUCCCGACCAGCUUCGGUCCAAGUUCACCAGCUGGAAGUGCCCCGGGUGUCCUCAAACAGAGCCUCCCUGAUGACCCUUCAACCUGGUCUGUGGAUGAAGUGAUCCUGUUUCUGAAAUACGUAGAUCCUCAGUUAUCAAGUGCCCUCGUCGACCUCUUCAUGCAACAUGACAUUGAUGGGAAAGCUCUGCUACUGCUCAAGAAUGACAUGAUGAUGAAGUACAUGGGGCUUAAGCUGGGGACAGCGCUGAAGCUGCGCCACUACAUUGAAAUGCUUAAAGACAGAAAGAUACCUCAACAAUUUAAAAAGUGUGUAGAUUAGAUUGGACUUAAUUCUAGGGAGACCAAUGCCACCUUUUCUCUCUGCCCUUAGUUUUUGUUGUGUAGAAGGUUCCUCUAAAAUACAGUGUAUCCAAAAUCACAGAACCCUGGGACAGUCCAGGCUACUCCUUUAGAAGCCAUUUAACAUGUUAGCACUAGCAGAGUCAAACUGGUGCUUUGUUCUUUGUAUCUUUUCAUUACUUUCCUUGCAUAGUUUACAGAUAGUUAGUUACACUUCAUGCAGGAAACAGAGAAACACCUUUGAUUUUGGUUAAUGUUUAUAUGUAAAACCAAAACAGCCAAAUCCCAAAGGGGAAAGUAGUCAGGGAGGGAUUGACGGGUUCUCUAAUGAAAAAAAUUAUAAGGUAGAUAGUCAUUUUAUGCAAGAGAUAUUACACUACAAGGGUGGGUUGGAUGGAGUCUGACUAUAUUCUUUUCAAUUAAUAUGUUUUAUUUUUAAACUUCCUUAUUUUGUCUAAGCUUCAACAUUUAACUAGGCAUUCAUUGUUCACAGCUCUCCACGAAGAUGCCUAUGUCCAAGUUUUUUAAACAUGUGUUUUAUUAUCUGUUUAUUCCUCAUAUGGGUACUGUUUCAUAUUUAUAUUUUGUUCUGUAUCUGAAGUAUACACACAAGUAAAUCUUUUCUUUUUUAAUUUAAAAUGGCACUUUACACUUCCACAGAGGUGAAGAUCAACUCUACAUAUAGUGAGUUUUUUUAUUCUGUAAAACAUAUGCACAUCGUUUGACAUCACUGGUACCUCUCAGCUCACACUUCAGGGUUUCCAUACAGGGAAGUUCUGUCUUGUGCAAUGUUUCUAGUUAAUUUCCUUUCUGAGCCAUUUAUCCUACUAAACUUUGGAAGGUGCAUCAGUUCUGAUUUGUCAUUUUAAUUUUAAAAAUCAGAACUUUCACAUGGAACAUGUUCAUUGUUGUUUUAUUUAUUACAUCAUUAUAUUGUAUAAUAUUUAGUGUAAUGUUAUAAGCUAUGAGAAAUGGUGCUAAUUGUAUUAGCCAUUUGUUAUAAAUGCCAGUAAGAUGUUCACCAGGGGUAAGAUUGUACGUUUUCUUUUUAGAAAACCAAGUGUACUUUAUAAGCAAAUGCAACUAUUUACUGGGCGUAUAUGAUUUAAAGGGCUUUUUCGUCCGUGUUAUUUCUUUUGUCUUAUAAGACAAGAUUCUAAUUUAAACUUGUCCUUUCAAACUGUCAGUGUGAAGAUGCUGUGCCACUUGAACAGUCCUCAGGUGUUUGUAUAAAUACUAUGUUUUACAGUUUUUAGAUUUUAAAAUAUAAUAAAGUUUAAUAACCGCAA